AUGGGAAACUGCAAAUCCGUACCCGAUGUCGAGGGCAACACCAUCGCGGAGCUCCGAGCGUCAGCCUGGGCACGUGCAGCAUCAUUUAGCGUUGGCUCCCAGCAGGAGCGGCCGGCUGACGCCAGCCGCCCAGGCAGCGCGGAUGUCAACGGGCUGCAGCAGCAGCUGGCCCUCGUCCACGCGAGCCCCCUCUUGCGCCUGCCAGAAGCCGCGGAGCUGCUGGCGGCGCAGCUGGAGGCGGACCUGGUCGCCAUCUGGGUGGUGACCCCCGCCGACCCGUCGACCUCUGUCCUGAUGGCGAGCCACGGCAAAGGCGUGUCAGCGCUGCGGAAGUGCGUCGUCGUGCGGCCGCCGGCGGAGGACUCUGACAGCUCAGGCAUCUGCCUGGGGGCGGCGUGCAGCCUCAACAUUCCGGACGCGACAGCCCUGGGGGCCACCCUGGAGCCGGCCGAGCUCUGGCAGGGCCCCGCGGGCCUCCGCAGCUUUGUGCAGGUGCCCAUUGGCACCGCCUCCAACCCCCUGGGCGUCCUGCUGCUCGCCAAGUCCCAGCCCAGCGCCUUCAACGGCCCCUGGUGGCACGUGCAGCUGCGGCUGGCCGCCACGGGGCUGCUGCCGCACGUGCGGCAGGGGGCCGUGGAGCGGGUGGCGGAGCUGCUGAGGGCCAUGGACGCGAGCGAGGACCCCUUCCAGCUGGUCGGGACGCUGCUGCGGGGCGCGAGGGACUUCCUGCUCAAGGCGUGCACGCUGCAGGCCACCGCGCGCUUCGCGCUGCUGCAGCCCCGCGGCUGCCCCGACGCGCUGCUCUUCGAGACCCCCGCCCACCUCGCCCCCGGCUCCGCCUCCGGCGCCAGGGGCUCCGAGGCCCACUCAGACUGCAGUGACCCGGGAGAGAGGGAGGUCGUGGCCAGCAUGCUCCGCGUCGCCAACACGCUGCUCGGCGCGUCCGUCGCGCAGCGCCAGGCGCGCUUCGUCUCCGACGUCGGGCUCUACAUGCAGUGCUGCCCGCGGCCGGCGCGCGACAUCUUCACGCGCGCGAGCAGGGUGGUGUCGUCGAUCGUGGUGGUACCGCUCAUCGCGGGCGACGCGCCGCCGCUGGGGGCGCUGUACUUUGCGCUCGACACGCCCUGCGAGUUCGCCAACAUACAGGAGACGCUGCUG